GUGGCAGUAAAUCGGGGCGAGUGGGGAACCCGGUGCAGGAACUGCCGCCGCGGCCGGGAGCGAGGCUGCCGGGACUAGGGGCCUCGGCUGCCCGAGGGGCGGAGGACGCGAGGGCUGACAGCGCGCACCUCGCCCGCGGACGCGACAGAAAAGAGAACUCGUGGAGCUGGAGCCCCACAGAUCCCCGGUGAAAAUGAAGGCGGCCGACGAGCCUGCCUACCUGACUGUGGGCACAGACGUCAGUGCCAAGUACCGAGGCGCCUUCUGUGAGGCAAAGAUCAAGACUGUGAAAAGGCUGGUGAAGGUUAAGGUACUCCUUAAGCAGGAUAAUACGACACAGUUGGUACAAGAUGACCAAGUCAAGGGUCCUUUAAGAGUUGGAGCAAUUGUUGAAACAAGGACACCUGACGGAUCCUUUCAAGAAGCCAUUAUCAGCAAGCUGACUGAUGCCAGUUGGUACACCGUGGUGUUUGAUGAUGGAGAUGAGAGAACACUGAGACGGACCUCUCUGUGCCUGAAGGGGGAGAGGCACUUUGCAGAAAGUGAGACGCUUGAUCAGCUUCCAUUAACAAACCCAGAGCAUUUUGGAACUCCAGUAAUUGCCAAGAAGACCAACAGGGGAAGGAGGUCGUCACUUCCUGUUAACGAAGACGAGAAGGAAGAGGAAAGCAGUGAAGAGGAAGAUGAAGAUAAGCAUCGUCUCAAUGAUGAAUUAUUAGGAAAAGUUGUGAGUGUGGUUUCCACCCCCGAAAGGACUGAAUGGUACCCAGCUUUGGUGGUCUCUCCCAGCUGUAAUGAUGACAUCACAGUGAAAAAGGACCAGUGCUUGGUUCGAUCUUUCAUUGACUCUAAAUUUUAUGCUAUAACAAGGAAGGAUAUUAAGGAAAUAGACAUUCUCAGUCUGCCGGAAUCUGAGCUUUCUACUAAACCAGGGCUGCAAAAAGCAAGUAUCUUCUUAAAAGCUAGAGUUGUUCCUGACAUUUGGAAAAUGGAUCUAAGUGAAAUCCUCGAGUCAUCCAGUAGCGAUGAUGAAGAUGGCCCAGCUGAGGAAAAUGAGGAGGAGAAGAAAAAGGAGACCAAAAAGGAAGAAGAGGAGGUGCCCGAGGAAGAACUUGAUCCUGAAGAGAGGGACAAUUUCCUCCAACAGCUUUAUAAGUUUAUGGAAGACAGAGGUACUCCAAUCAACAAACCACCUGUUUUGGGCUACAAAGAUCUCAAUCUCUUCAAACUUUUUAGACUGGUUUACCAUCAGGGUGGAUGUGACAAUAUCGAUAGUGGUGCUGUAUGGAAGCAAAUUUAUAUGGACCUUGGCAUUCCAAUUUUGAAUUCAGCUGCUUCCUACAAUGUAAAAACUGCCUAUAGAAAGUAUCUCUAUGGUUUUGAAGAAUACUGCCGUUCUGCAAAUAUUCGAUUUAGAACCAUUCAUCACCAUGAACCAAAAGUAAAAGUGGAAAAACAAGACUUCGACCAAUCAAUGGCAGAGGCCCUAAAAGUCGAUCCAGAAAUGCCGUCCGUAGAAGUAAAGAGUGAGCUGGAGGAAAAUACUGAUUCAAAUAGUGAGAGUGAAAGAGAAGAGAUCGAAUUAAAAUCUCCAAGGGGCCGAAGGAGAAUUGCUCGAGAUGUGAAUUCUAUUAAAAAAGAAAUUGAAGAAGAGAAAACAGAAGACAAAUUAAAAGAUAAUGACACAGAAAAUAAAGAUGGAGAUGACGACUAUGAAACUGCAGAGAAAGAAGAAAACGGGCUAAUACUGGGGAGAAAAAACACACCAAAGCCAAAAGAGAAGAAAGUCAGAAAGCAAGAGGGCUCCGACCGAGACUCAGAGGGCGAGGAAGAGAAGAGCCACGAGAGGGAAGAAACCGAGAGCAAGUGUGACUCUGAAGGGGAGGAAGAUGAGGAAGACACGGAACCCUGUCUAACAGGAACCAAAGUAAAAGUAAAAUAUGGACGAGGAAAAACUCAGAAAAUUUACGAAGCCAGCAUUAAAAGCACUGAAAUCGAUGAUGGAGAAGUUUUAUACCUGGUGCAUUAUUAUGGCUGGAAUGUCAGGUAUGAUGAGUGGGUGAAGGCUGACAGGAUCAUCUGGCCUUUGGACAAAGGUGGACCAAAGAAGAAACAAAAGAAGAAAGCUAAGAAUAAAGAGGACAGCGAGAAGGAGGACAGGCGGGAUGAAGAGAGGCAGAGGACCAAGCGGGGCCGACCUCCCUCUCGUCCCACUCUCCCCUCUGGCCUGCCAUUUGGGCUGUCCAGGACGGCCAACAGUGAAGGAAAAUCAGACUCGUGCUCAUCUGACAGUGAAACAGAAGACCCUUUAGAUAAGAGCUCGAUCCAUGACGAACUUUUUACUGAUUCUAAAGAAGAGUUAGAAAAACCGGAGACUUUAAGUGAUGACAAGCUGGAUGAGGAAACUCCAAAGCCAACGGCUCCGGGGCUGUGGGAGCCGGAGUGGGCGCAGGCCGAGCGGCGGCAGAGCCCGCACCCGGAGGCCGGCGAGGCCCCGCAGGCAGCCCAGCCUCUGGCGGGCGAGCCGGAGCCGGGCGAGGAGGCGCGGAGGGAUGUGGAGCGGUCCCCGAAGGGCAAGGGCCGGCGCAGCAGGACGAGAGAGGGCCCGGCGGAUGGCGCAAAGGCGUCGUGCCCGGGAGAGGCGGGCAGCGAGGGCCCCGCGGCGGCCGCGCAUCCGGACCUGGCCGCGCCGGACGGCGAGGCUCUGGCUGCGGCCGAGGAGGAGGCCGAGCAGGCGGGGAAGGACCGGAGGCCGAAGCGGAAGCCCGCAGCGCAGCCGUCCCCGGAGAAGCGGGCCCGGCUGGAGAACGGGCUGGGCGCGGAGCGCAGGGCGCCCGGGGACGGCGGCGGGAGCCCGCAGCGCGCAGGCCCGCCCGCCGUGGAGCCGCCUCCGGGCCCCUGUGCCUGCGCCCGGGACCCGGCCGCACCCCCGCGGGAGGAGCUGGACGCGUUGCCGCUCAUCGGGCCCGAAACGCUCAUGUGCCACGAGGUCGACCUGGACGACCUGGACGACCGGGACAGGGCCAGCGCCGAGGAGGCUGGGGCCCCGGGCCCCGGGCCCCCCGCGCUCCCUGCAGCCGCCUCACCGCUCGCGCUCAGCCAGGACGGCUCCCGCAGCGACAGUGACGCAGCGCUCGAAGGGGACUGCGUGGCCAUGGAGGGGCGCGAGGCGCGGCAGGACGGCCUCUGUGAGCCCGAGCCUGGCCCCGCUGCCUGCAGGGAGCCUGAGCAGGAUCGGGAGGGCAGAGAUAAAGGUCAGAAAAGGCCAAGCGAUGGAAAUAGUGGAUUAAUGGCAAAAAAACAAAAGCGUACCCCAAAACGAACCAGUGCCAUAGCCAAAAAUGAAAAGAACGGCGCAGGGCAGAGCAGCGAUAGUGAAGACCUCCCAGCCACGGACAGCUCAAGUAAAUGUACGCCAGUAAAGCAUCUUAGUGCUUCCAAGCCACCAAAGCUCACGCGCUCUCCUGCCAGGAUCUCUCCUCACAUCAAAGAUGGAGAGAAAGAGAAGCAAAGGGAAAGGCAUCCCAAUUCCUCCCCCCGGACAUAUAAGUGGAACCUUCAACUCAGUGAAUUAGAUAACAUGAACAGUACAGAAAGAAUCUCUUUUCUCCAAGAAAAACUACAGGAGAUCAGAAAAUAUUAUAUGUCUUUGAAGUCCGAAGUUGCAACCAUAGACAGGAGGAGAAAAAGAUUGAAAAAGAAAGACAGAGAAGUGUCUCACGUGGGAGUCUCCAUGUCAUCAGCUUCAUCAGACACUGGAAUGAGUCCCUCCUCGCCAUCCCCCCCACAAAAUGUCCUUGCCGUAGAAUGCAGGUGAUAAACAUUUCCUCUGCCUUCCAGCGAUGUGCUGCCAUGGACAUAACUCCCCAAACCCCAGCGGACAACCACAGAAAGCACUCAACUGGCUUCCUAUUGCAACUGGCUUCCCAUCGCUAAGCAGAUCCCGUGUACUUUCCUGGACUGGAUUGUAUCUGUCCCUUCUCUCUUUUUCCUUGUUUCAAAACCACGCUGAUAAAUAAUUGAAGGUUAGGCGGCCCUGACGUAUUUGUCAGGAGUUUCCCUCUUCAUUUCUUUUUCAUUUUUUGCGAUACAGAAAAAAGGGCACUUAGCAGAUUUUAAUUUGUAUAAUAAAGCUUUCAGAUGUUAUUGAAAUCAUAGACAAGCAAGUGCACAUGAUAAACAUCAAAGUUAUCCAGCUGAAUAGCUACUGCUGCACUUUCACUAAGAUGUAUGUGGACACUUGGUGAGUAGGGAAUUUAUGUUUUGUGUUUUUUAUUGUUGUUGAUUUUUUUUUUAGUGGAAGCACUUGCUAUUUAGAACUGCCAAAGUAUAUGUUCAGCAGUGUGCCCAGGUUUAAAGGUAUAAGUGGGACAAAAUAAAUUGUGAAGGAAGUGUAGUUGACUGAAAACUACAGUUGUAAUAAGUCUUCCACUUUUUAUAGGACUUUUGAGCACACAAUUAUGCAAAUAUUUUAAUGUUUAUUAAUGUGUACAGUGGAAUUGUGAAUAAGUUUUCAGUGGACUAUCUUAUCCCUUGACAAAAAUAUUUUGUCUUUUUUCUAUGUAAUUUCAGAGUUUUUAUUUUGUUACAAAAAUACAAAAAUGAAAUAUAUAACAACAAUGAAGUUAUUUAACAAGAUUUCUAAAGCUGAAAUUUUUGUGUAAAAUAAGGUAUUAUCUUGCAACUUGUUAAAUAUAUUUAUUCAGACAUUGGAUGUUGUAUUUUUAUGUAUUUUUUAAAAUAUUAAUAAAAUGGAAAAAAAGACAAUUCUAGGUUAAUUCACUCUUUGGAUGACACUCUCAGCUGUCCAUUUCCAGGUGGGUACAUUCAGCAACCCCCGGUGCAAGGGAGUCUGUCUGUCUGUCCAACAGUAGAGAACUGUAAAUGCACAUCUGGAUCAUUAAAGUGGGUCCUUAACUACAAACUUUGGCAGUCCUAGUAUCUAAACUUUUUUGAGGAUCAAAGGUUGGUUGCCCUUAAGAUGCUUUGUCACCGUGUUUAUGCUUGCUAUACUGCCGAAUAAAUUUAUAUCUCCCAAAGUUGAGAUGCAACAACUAGUAAAGCAGUUACGUAUGCUUGUCUGUGAAUUGUUCCACAGACUGAUACAUCUUGUAAAUAAUUCUUCCAAAAUCAUGUAUUUAAAGCAAUUUUGCAUAUACAUUAUGUAAAAAGGUGAUUUUUUAAGAGCCAAUUUUUAAAUUCAUGUUUAUACAUUGAGAAGGUUUUUUAAACCUCCUUUUCUGUGUUUCAUAUGCUGUAGAGUAAUAACCUAGAUGCUCUAGAUUGUGUAUCAGGAUCUAAUUUACAAGAACAAAGUCAAAGCUAACCCUAGUGAUGGCGCAUAGCAUUACUGAUAUCAUUGUUUCUUAAUUUCACUUUACCAUAUUGUGAAUUUGUGAUUCAGAUUCCUUCCAUCUUCUCAGAGAAUUAAAAACAAAACAGUUCCCUUGUAAAAUGCACUUUUCUGUCUUUUCUUUGCAAAGCAGAAGUAUUUCAGUGUAAAACAGAAAUGGAGUGCAGCAGCCAGUGUUAAUAAAGGCCAUGUUUUAAACAUA